AUGGCCGAGUCCACCGAGGUUGAUUACACCCUCAACAACCCGGACACCCUCACCAAGUACAAGACCGCCGCUCAGAUCUCCCAUAAAGUGCUAGAGGCCGUUACAGGAUGGUGCGUUGAUGGAAGCAAGGUCCUCGAGCUCUGCCAGAAGGGUGACCAGCUCCUCGAGGAGGAGAUUGCCAAGGUCUACAAAGGAAAAAAGAUCGCCAAAGGUAUUGCUCAUCCCACCACGGUCUCACCCAGUUCAUUCGUGACUCCGUACACACCGCUUGUCUCGGAUGCUGAGGAAGCCGAGACCACCAUCAAAGCCGGCGAGGUCGUUAAGAUCCAGCUCGGUGCUCAGAUCGAUGGAUUCGGCACAAUCGUUGCCGACACUAUCAUUGUUCCCGGCAAGGAAUCAUCAGAUGGCGUGGUCGAAGGCCGCGAAGCCGAUCUUAUUCAUGCGACAUACUACGCCAAUGAACUUCUUUUGCGCUUGAUGGUGCCUCCCGGUCUUUUGGCCUCGGGCACAGAUGAGGAAAAGGCAAAGGCAGCUGCAGAGAAGCCUCCCACUCAGAGCAAGAUUUCGAGCCUGAUUGAGAAGGUAGCCAAGUCAUACGAUGUCAGUGUUGUCGAAAACACCACCAGCUGGCUAUUCGACCGCAAUGAGAUUGAAGGCACCAAGAAGAUCAUCCUCUCCCCAAGCGGUGGAGUCAAAGGAGAAGGUUCCCCAGCUGUUGGUGAAGUUUGGGGUGUCGAGGUUGGCCUGAGCUUGGGCUCAGGCAAGGUGAAGACCUUGCCCCAACGCCCUACCCUGCACCGCCGAACCACCACAACCUAUAUCUUGAAGCGCCCAAGUUCCCGUCAGACCUUGUCCGAGGUUGUCAAGAAAUUUGGAACAUUCCCUUUCAGUUUACGUCAGUUGGAGGACGAGAAGGCAGGCAAAGUUGGUAUUGUCGAAUGUGUUCGAGGAGGCGUCAUCAGGCAGUAUGAGCCAGCCGGUGACUCGGACAAUGCCGCCGUGUCUCGCUUGUUGAGCACCGUUGCCAUCACCAAGAACGGUUUGACCAGGCUAGCAGCCCCCCCCACGCCUGAUCUGACCAAGUUCAAGACUGAAAAGAAGAUCGAAGACGAGGAGAUCUUGAAGAUCCUCGAGCAGCCUUUGGCGAAGUCUACCGGAUCCAAGGGAAAGAAGAACAAGAAGAAGAAGCCCGCCAAGAAGGUUGCGGGCGAAGAGGAAGGGAAGGAAAGUGAUGCCGAGUAA